UCUCCUGUCAGCUGUGGGGGCCCUGAGGUAGAUGAGGGUGGGGAUGUUGGUGAGGACGGUCCUUGUGUGACUGUCUCAGCUCUAGGGCCCUUUCAUGGGAGAAAGGCAUAGGGAAACACCUCUCCCCUCUCCCUCCUCCCAGUAGCCUCUUCUCUCCCUCUUGCAGUGACCCCCAGGAAGCUGGCCUAGGAGGUGGAUGAAGAGGAGGAGGAGGUGAACAAGAUGGUCUCAGAAGAAGCUGCCCUUUGGGCCAUCAUACAACACCUGCAAGGCAAAGAAAAGGUUCCCUGGACCUGUCUUCGGCCACCCUCGCUGCCUGUGACCCCUCGGAAAAACAAGACCCAAGAUAUGACUGAUGAAAUUACGAAUAUAAUGACGUGGCAUGUGACUGAGGUAACAGACAUCACAUAUCCAGCAAAAAUACAAUAUGAAGAGAGAAAAAUAGCUGAGGGAGACAUGAGAGAUGAAGAGGCCAAAGCCACAAAGUUUGUCUUCACAGACACAGUGAGAACAGCCAGCAGAUCACCAGGAUGUGUGCAGGGAGGGAGUACAGGAGAACCAGCCCCACUGUUUCCCCAACAGUCACCUGGCCUUUCUCCACCAAGAAGCAGGUCACUGCCUCUAGAUAGAGAGUUUGGGGAAGAAAAUCUUCCAGAGGCCGAACCAGCAGUGGUACCUCCUCAUCAGGCUGACAAGAUUUCUAGUUUGAGCAGGGAGAGCAUGUGCAUGGGAGAUCUGUUUGAGCAUCCCAUGCAGAAUAUCAAUGCUGAGAAGUUUCCUCAGAGCCAAACUUACUGUAAAUAUGAAUCACCAAGAAAAAAUGGCAAAUUACAAAACCGUCUCAUUAGGGAAGAUAUUUCUUCCAACUUCACACAAGUUCGCUCUAAAACAGGCAUGUUUAGAAAAUCCUUUUCACUGAGCAAUGUCCAGGGAAGGGUGCUGAGGAACAAAUACAAAGGCAAAUGUCAAGGCAGCUCCAAGGCCCUGAACUUGUACAACUCACAUCAGGGGGCAUCAGGAAGCUGCAUACUGCGCUGCAAAAAAAACACUUUGCAGAGGAUGCAAUCAUAUAAGAGCUGGAAGAGAUGUUGGGGGAGGGUGGGGGAUGACCUAGACACCAGCCCUGGAGAGGUGUCUAGUUCCAAACGGCAGCCCCCUAGGAACCUGUACCACUGGCCCAGCAGCAGCCUGUGCUCAGGGAGCUUGUGCUUAGGCAGUAGCAGCAGCCUGCCCCACCACUGCAGGAGCCCCUGCACAAGAAGUUAAGCACUUGCUUCCCCAAGCACCACCACCUUUCUCGCCUGCAUACCAGUCUCUGGCUUCUUUACUAUUCAUAACAUCCAGGA